AGCACAUGCAGCGUGACAGCGCAGCCAGCACUUCCACUCACUGAUACCCUGUAGUGGCUUCGCUAUACAAACUUGGGCUGUCGUGUAUCAUCAUUUGACAGUUAAAUAGAAAAAUUACUAAGUAGCCAUCAAACAGUAUUCCACAAUCCUGUAAGCCUGCUACUUAACUGGAAUAAGGAGGAUGACGGUGCCAGUGACUGACGUUGGAAAGGGACAGUAGCAACUUGAACCUGUUCGUCUUCAUUUUAUGUUGGAAAACUCACUAGCGGUUUUGUCAGUUUCGAAAAAGGAACAGAAAAUGUCCAGUAAAUGAAGACAGCUCUUUGGUGCUAUCAAGGGGUUUUGAGUUCGAAAAUACUUGACCCGCUUUGUUUUCAUACUGCUGAACUAACUCCAUGCUUUCUAUUCACUGGCCACUUGAAAUUUUCAACUCAGAAGGAAGGAAAUCAGAUGAUUGGUUGGAAUAAUACCAAUGAGGCAGAUGCAAUGGACAGUCCCCCUUGGAGGAGAAACCAUCCACUAAUCUUUGAUGAAUAUGCAGUAACAAAGAGAUCUGAAUUAAGAGAAGUCAGUUUCUAAACUGUAGUCAUCAAUGGAUAAAGCAGCUGGAGCCUCACAUGAAAGCCUCUUAACAGCAAUCGAAUUGAGAGGCUCCCUCACUAGCCAAACAUAUAUUUGGAAUAAAAGCUAAAAAUGUCACAGCAGGACUACAAGUAUUCUUUAAUUGCUCCAGAUUCUACCGAGUUCCCAGAAGAAGCUUUCCUGUUCCAGGUGGACAGCGAUCAUCCCAUGAACUUGUUUGCAGUUUUUGAGGUUAAGAGAGAUGCUUACAGAGAAUGGAACAGGAGCACCAGUUUGCGAAAAACCAAACUGUACAGCAUCAUUGUUGCAGUGACUUUAAUGUCACUUGUGAUGGCAUCUUAUAUUCUCACUGGAGGCAAAAAGGGAAUUUUGUUAAGUCCCUCCUCAUUCCAGUAUGGCACUUUAACAGAAAAUGCAGAUGCAGUGACAAGCCAUGAAGAAGAGUCUUCCUAUGUUUUCAAUCUAUCAGCAGUGCAGAAUUAUGCAAACAUUAAAUUAGUCAUAAAAACAAUUGCAUCAAAAAUAGAAUUUGCCACUAGGCGGCUGCCUGACUUCAAGGAACUUGUAAAAAGUGAACCACAUAUGUUUUCAGUCAUUCCACGGGAGUUUCUUGAGAAUAUAAAAAACCCAUGUUGGUUUGAAGAAUACAAAGCAAACAGCACUGCUGACCCUUAUGGAACAAACCUUUAUGCACUUUAUUCAAAGCGUUUCAGAACGUUGUUUGACUAUCUCAGAAAUGCUUUCCGGGACCACCUAUACCAAAAGGAAAAUAAACUCUGUCGCUUUCGAUGUCUGCCCUAUUUUUACAUUAUUGGGCAGCCCAAGUGCGGCACUACUGAUCUUUAUGAUAGGCUGAGGUUACAUCCUGAAGUUAGAUUUGCCACCUCUAAAGAGCCACACUGGUGGACCAGGAAAAGGUUUGGUAUAAUUCGACUAAGUGAAGGGUUUCAUGACCGCUAUCCUGUUGAAGACUAUUUGGAUCUGUUUGAUCUGGCUGCUUUUCAGAUUCAGGAUCAGGCACAUGGAAAUGCAACAACCCAGUACAAACACAACAUCGUUAUUGGUGAAGCCAGUGCUUCUACAAUGUGGGACAACAAUGCAUGGAUAUAUUUCUACGAUAAUUCCACUAAUGGGGAGCCACCAUUUUUGAUCCAGGAUUUUAUUCAUGCAGUUCAACCAGAUGCAAAAUUUAUAAUAAUGCUCAGGGAUCCUGUGGAAAGGCUGUAUUCGGAUUAUCUUUACUUUGGGAUUGCCAACAAGUCAGCUGAUGAUUUUCAUGAAAAAGUGACAGAGUCUUUGCAACUCUUUGAAAGCUGCCUCCUUGAGUUUUCUAUGAGAUCCUGCGUUUACAAUACCACCCUCAACAAUGCCAUGCCUGUUAGACUGCAAGUUGGACUCUACAUUGUCUACAUCCUGGACUGGCUGAGUGUUUUUAACAGGAACCAAAUAUUAGUCCUACGCCUGGAAGACCAUGCCACCAAUCGAAAAUACACUAUGCACAAGGUGUUUAAUUUCCUCAGCUUGGGAUCAUUGACAGAGCAGAAGGAGGCAGAAAUCACAAAAAGUCCAGCUUCCAAUACAAGACGUCCAGCAGACAAGAACCUAGGGCCAAUGUUACCCGUGACUCGAGAGAUUUUGCAGGACUUCUACAAGCCAUUUAACGUGAAACUAGCUGAAGUUCUUCAAAAUGACUCCUUCCUCUGGGAAAAGAGUGCUAAAUUAAUUUAAUAAAACUUGGAAAAAAUAAAUUACUUUCUUAACAAAAUGUAGCAAUUUUUUUCUCAUUUCCUCAAAGCAUCUGAAUGAUACAGUAUACACAAAUUAUUUUUAUAAGACAGUGGUCAUUAAAUUAUUUGAAGCUG